CAGCUCGAGGCCCAGGGCUGGGCAUUUCACAAAAAGGCCAAAGGAGCUUUGUGAACAUUUCCUGUCCCGCCCCAGCCCCUUUCCUGGCACUGACAGUCCAGCUCAGGGUUACCACACUGCUCACCUGUGAAGCAAUCUUCCCACGAGAGCUGAGUAUCUGGCCGGGAGCUGCCUAUAAAUGUUGGACACACACGGCGCUGUCAAAUCCCUCUGUGUGGCUCCUUGACUUGGAGUGCAGGAAGAUGGCGGACGAGAUGUCACAGCUGGAAUGCAGCAUCGAGACCAUCAUCAACAUCUUCCACCAGUACUCUGUGCGGCUGGGGCACCCAGACACACUCAACCAGAAAGAACUGAAACAGCUCGUGAAAAAGGAGCUGCCAAACUUCCUCAAGAAGCAGAAGAAGAAUGACAAUGCCAUAAACAAGAUCAUGGAGGACCUGGACACAGAUGGAGACAAGCAGCUGAACUUCGAGGAGUUCUCCAUCCUAGUGGGUAGGCUGACGGUAGCCUCCCACGAAGAGAUGCACAAGAAUGCCCCUGAAGGAGAAGGCCACAGCCACGGGCCAGGCUUUGGGGAAGGUGGCCAGAGCCACUGCCCCAGCCACGGUGGUCACAGCCACGGUGGUCACGGCCACGGCCACAGCCACUAGUCGGAAGGCCAGGACGCCCUGCCCCUGCCCAACCAGGGCCACAGAGAGGCCCAACUGCCUUAGCUGGGGGACUGGGGAACGGGGUGCCAAAUAAAGUCUUCCUCC